AUGGUAUCUCAAGUGUUGCUCUCCCUGCUUCUGCUACUGUCCCAUCUUCCCUGUGAGACUCUGUUGAACAAAUGUCCAUUCAGUGUGAUAACUGAGAGGACAUACAAGGGCAAUUUCUACAAGCCAGGAGACUACCUGAUCGGUGGGAUCAUAUCUACAUCUAAUGCUGCCUUUCAACCACAUGAGUUCUUAAUGCCUCCAAGCCAUGAAUUCAAAAGUUUCGUGAAUCUGAGCUCCAGCCACAUCUUGCCUUUCUUGUUUGCCAUUCAUGAGAUCAACCAGAGUCCGAGGCUGCUCCACAAUAUCUCCCUGGGCUACAGCAUCUAUGAGAACUAUUUCAACGCCCGAAUGACGUAUGAAGCCAUGAUGGACUUUCUGUCUAUGGGGCAGGAGAACACCCCAAACUACAGUUGUGGAAGAAGAAAAAAUGUCUUGGCGUUUCUUGAAGGGACCGAUUCUGAGCUCUUUCAUCAUGUUUCAGCCAUGCUGAGCAUCUACAAAAUCCCACAGAUCAGCUAUGGUGUUAUCAGCCACAUUCCUGCACAUAAACAGCAUUUUCCUUUUUUCUACCGGCUGAGUCCAAAACAAGAACCUCCUCACUUGGCGAUAGUCAAGCUGCUGCUGCAUUUCCGAUGGAUGUGGAUCGGCCUCUUUGCUCCAGACAAUGAAAAUGGGGAAAAUGCUGCCUCUUCUGCCCGAUUGAGGAGGAGGAGGAGGCAGGUUGGAGACCAUCGGACACCCCAGGUGCUACAGCCGUGGCAGCUUCAUCCUUUCCUGAGAAAUUUCCAGCUUUACAAUCUUUCCGUGGAUGGUGUUUAUUUGGAUGAGAAUGGAGAUCGUACCACUGAUUUUGAUAUCAUGCACUGGGCAGUCUUUCCCAACAAGACUUCUGCUGGGGUAAACGUCGGGCGAGUAGAAAGAGGGGCCUCUUCAGAAGUCAGCCUCUCUAUCAAUCAAGGUGCCAUCAUGUGGCCAACAUCAUUCAGUCAGAAGGCGCCUCUGUCCAGGUGCUCGGACAGCUGUCCUCCAGGAUACACCAAGCUCAAAAGGGAAGGCGCCCCGGACUGCUGCUACGACUGUGCUCCGUGCAUGGAAGGAACGAUCGCCAGGCAAGAAGAUACAGACAGUUGCAGCCAAUGUCCAGAUGACCAGCAUUCAAAUAAGAAGCGAGAUCAAUGUGUCCCAAAAGUUGUAAGCUUCCUAUCCUAUGAAGAAAUGAUGGGUCUCAUCUUGGCUCUCAUUGCCCUUGCUUCUUCCCUAACCACCAGCUUGGUUCUGGGCAUCUUCAUUAAAUUCCGAGAAACCCCCAUCGUCAAAGCCAACAACCGGGACCUCACCUACAUUCUCCUGGUUUCCCUCCUCCUUUCCUUCUUGACCUGCCUUCUAUUCAUUGGUCGCCCCAGGAAACUGACCUGCCUUCUUCGACAGACCACCUUCAGUGUUGUAUUCUCAGUUGCUGUGUCUUCCUUGCUGGCCAAGACCAUGAUGGUGGUGGUGGCCUUUCUGGCCACAAAACCAGGCAGCAGGAUGAGGAAAUGGCUAGGGAAGACUCUGGCCUACUCCAUUGUCUUGUCCUGGUCUGGGGUCCAAGUGGGCAUCUGCAUGAUAUGGCUGGCAAUCUCUCCCCCAUUCCCAGAUUCUGACAUGCAUUCCCAACCUGGACACAUCCUACUUCAAUGCAAUGAAGGCUCAGUCACCAUGUUCUAUUCUGCACUGGGCUAUAUGGGCUUUCUGGCUGCCAUCUGCUUCUUGGUGGCUUUCCUUGCCAGAAAGCUGCCUGGAUGCUUCAACGAAGCCAAAUGGAUCACCUUCAGCAUGUUGGUUUUCUGCAGUGUUUGGCUCUCUUUUGUCCCCACCUACCUGAGCACUAAGGGGAAAUAUAUGGUGGCUGUGCAGAUCUUCUCCAUCCUGGCCUCCAGCCUGGGCUUACUGGGCUGCAUCUUUGUCCCCAAAUGCUACAUCAUUAUUCUGAGACCUGACAUGAACACAAAGGAACAUUUAAUGGUGUAA